UCCACUUCUGCACGCCCGCGUCGUCGUCUCCCACCACCCAUCCUAAAUAUAUACCUCCCGCUCCCGGUGUGCCUUGAGAGCUCAUCACUGCGUGCGCCCUACUUACUCCUUCCACUCCACUGCCAGCGAGAACUCCCCUGCGUCGUCCGUCCGUCCGUCCCUCGAGAUCCAGCAUGAUCCCGGCCGGUGCUGCAGCUGCUGCUGGUGGAAUUGUUGCUCCUCCUCCCGGAGGGGUGAUGCGCAUCCGCGCGGUGGCAUGGGCGCACAUCGUCCUCGGGUGGGCCACCGCCCUCCUCGCUGUCCUCGCCGUCAACCUCCAGCCGCAGCUGCAGGGGACGUGCACGACCACCGAGGAUGAGGUGGCGCACAUGCGCGCCGACGCGCUGCUGCUGCUGCUGUCCAGCGCCGCCCAGGCCGCGGCGGCCACGGUGGCCGCCUUCGCGUCGGAGGACUGGCGCAAGGGAGUGCCCUGGACCUUCGCUGCCUUCGCCCACGGGAUGGGUGUCGCCACCUUCCACCGCCUCGACAACGUCGUCUUCUUGGCGGCGCUCGUCACCGUCGGGAGCUGCCCCGGCAGCCAGCUGCUCGUCCACGGGACCCCGCUGGUAGCCCACUUCAUCCUGCUCGCGGUGCCCCUCGGUCUCUUCUUCCUGCUCGGCGUCAGCACGUUGAUCUCCGCCCUGGUAUACCCUUAGUUGAUAUCGAUCGAUGCGUCACGCGUUGCUUCUCUACCUAUGCAGUACUAGUGCUAUAUCUGUUCUGAGCACUCGUUCUACCUAGCUAGCUAGGUGUCUAGCGACUGAUUAUGUAUGUGUGUUAAUUACGCGUAGCUUGCUACUUGUGUGAGAGACGAUGAUGCCAAGAACACUGGUGUGUGUGUGCGCGCGCGCGCAACUGUGUAAUGGCAACUACCUUAGCCAAAUUUCUCUCCAAAGAACUACCUUGGUCAAAUAAAAGCAUCCGGAGUAGAUUUUUAUGCA